AUGUUGAGGCAAAGUUUCCUUUUGGUCACAGCAGUGUGGCUGUGUUCGGUUGUGAUCGCAGCACAGGUUGUGCCACAUACAGAAAUUGGUCGGAUAACCAUCCAAGUACCAUUGCUGUCUAAUGGAAAGCCAGUUAUAGCCAAGGAUCAGGACAAGAUGGUGGAAAUUGCUCGAGUGGAAGAGAUAAAACCGGUAAAAAAGGUCACCACGAAUGAGGUGGUAGUGCCGCCGUUGCCGUUGGCUAAGGCCAGAAGUACCAGAGCCAUCAGAGAGUCGUCGUCUGGAGGAUACAAUCACGGUAUUCCCAAUCCAGGCAUCCCCAAUCAAGGUAUUCCCAAUCCAGGCAUACCAAACCGUGGUCUACCCAAUCCUGGCAUCCCCAACGAAGGCAUUCCCAAUCCAGGAAUCCCAAAUCGCGGUCUACCCAAUCCAGGUAUACCAAACCCAGGUCUUCCCAAUCCAGGAAUCCCCAACGACGGUCUUCCCAAUCCAGGAAUCCCAAAUCGAGGUCUACCCAAUCCUGGCAUACCGAAUCCUGGUCUGCCCAAUCCUGGUGUGCCUCAUCCAGAAGCCUCGGAGCAGAUGGCAUCUGUCACUGUCCUUCCACCCGUAAUGAAAAUACAUCGCAUGCCCGCGAGAAAGAGUUGCCAUCACUUGCUCUUUGCCACCAUGACGACUACAUCGCCAGCAAUGCUGUCGCCGCCUUCCACUCCGGAGAAAGAGGACUGUGAUCAGCUAUGCACUAAGCACGAAUACCUGCCAAUCUGUGCCUUCAAUGGCAUCUGUCUGCAUGAGUUCGCCAACGAAUGCGUAAUGGACACAUUUAACUGCAAGCAUCGUGAUCUGGCCUUCCGCAUGGUCGAUGAGGAAGUCUGCCGCAUGGAUCUCUGUGCGAGACGUUGCAAGCCAGAGGAGUUGCAAGUUUAA